AGUCGGGUCUGUGUUCUUUCGUUUCGUUCGGCCAUAUCGUGAAAACUUCGCCAAAAAAACGUCAAAAAAAUGGCAAAAUCGUCAUGAAAACUACAAGAAACGUUACCAAUUAAGAUUUGUUGGUUUUGAGUUGACGCAAAAAUGAAUCAAGCACUACCGUUCCGUCCCAACAAUUAUCUAGAUCGACCAGACAACGGCCCAAAAAAACCCGCCAUCGAAGAAUCUCAACAAACACCAAGAACCCCCACCCCCAUAGAAAACUAUCUCACCUACGAGGACAGACUCAUAACCUACCGCAACUGGCCCAACAAAGAAGUGACCAAAGAAGAUUUGGCUAGUGCUGGUUUCAUCUACAUCGGCAGAAACGAUGUCGUCUGCUGCCCCUUCUGCAAGGUAGAAGGCUAUUGCUGGCAAUCGGGCGACAAUCCAAUGGGGGACCACAGAGUCUGGAGCCCUAACUGUCCCUUUGUCAGAUCACAAUCGCAACUGGAAAGCGACCACGCCGAAACCAGCACCAGGGCGGUAGACACUUGCGGCCUGUACGGAGUCGAAGUCCUUCCGAAUUCUCUGCCAGAAGACGGCAAAAAAAUCGAUUUACAGCGCCUUGGCAUCCAGGAGAGCAAAGGCCCCCAGCACCAGGACAAGGCGCUGUUUGAGAGCCGUGUGGAGACCUUCCAGAACUGGCCCAGGUCCCUGAAACAAAGGCCUGCAGACUUGGCCGCCGCCGGGUUUUUCUAUACGGGGGUGGGUGACCAGACACUUUGCUUCUAUUGUGGGGGCGGGCUUAAAGACUGGGAAGAGGGAGACGACCCUUGGGAGCAGCACGCCCUCUGGUUUGGAAAGUGCGUGUUUCUCAACCUGAAGAAGGGUAAGGAGUUCAUUGAGAGAGUUAAGGCUAGAUCGGCAGCAGAAGUGAGUCUUCCGUCGACGAGUGGUGUUGAAGCCAAAGAGGAAGAGGCUGCUGAGGCACCGAAGGCGAAAGGGGUGGUGUCCGAGGAAGCGGAAAAGACACUGUGCAAAAUCUGUUAUAAGAACGAACUUGCUGUGGUUUUCUUGCCCUGCGGACACAUUGUCGCCUGUGUGGAUUGUGCCUCUAGUUUGAAACAGUGCGCGGUUUGCAGGAAGCCGCUCGAAGCAACUGUCAGAGCGUUCCUAUCAUAAUUUUUUCUUUUUUUGUUUUGAUUUUUAUGGAAAUUUUUCAUUUAAUAUUUCACAAUCUAGCUCUAGUCAACCUGGAUGAAAAUAAACUUAGAAAAGCGUCGCCUAUUUUUUUUGUGUACAUUUUGGAAGGACAAAGAUAUAUUUUUAUACAAAAGUACAAAUUGGAAAACUUAUUUUUAGUUGAAGAAUCCUACGCUUCAUUUUUUAGUUUAAGGUACCUACGCUUAAUAAUGAUUUCAAAUCAUAUCUUUCAACUAAUAUUAAGUCAUCCCUCUCUGCUGAAUAACACACUUCUUAUAAAAUUGACACAGAGUAUUUGCAUGUUUGUAUUAAUGUCAUGUCAAACUAAAUUGAAUAUAUAUAUGAUAAUUUAUGAU